AAAAAAGCAAAAGACUUUUCUCCAUCUUGAACUUUGACAGGCUGCAAGAAAAGUUCAUAGGAAUCUUGAAAAUAUUUUACAUUGUAUUAAAGUUUCGGAUUUGGAAUCUAUAAAUAGGAUUGGAUGGACCAUCUCUCUCUUUAAUCCCAACAUGUCAAACCUCAAAAUCACCAAAAAGCACCACAAACAUCUUAAUAACCCUUUCCCAUCAACUCAAACUUCCCACCCUUUCAUUGAAGGAACUCUGUUUUUCAAUUCCCAAACAGUGCCUUCACACAAAAAAUUCUCAAUUGGGAAGGAUUUCCAGCUUCUUUGGUGCUCAAACAAUGGUGGGUAUCUCUCCAUUUCACAUCAAUCAAAUCCAUCUAAACUCAUAUGGUCUACCAUUCCAGGCCAAGCCUUUGUGUCUGCUGCAUUGGCUGAAACAGAGGUGGAGGAAAGCAGAGGAUCCUUUGUUGUGAAAGAUGGAGAUGUUCAUUUGGUUUGUAAUCACCAAACCAUUGAGGAAAUAAGGGUAAUCAAUCAGUUUGAUCAUUCAUUAGAGGCAAUAAAUCAAGAUUCUCAAUAUGGGUUUGAGCAGAAAAAUGAUUUGGAUAGUUCCCAAUUCCCUAUGUUGCUAAUAUCUGGUUGGAUUUUCAGCAUGGAAAAAAGGAAAAAGCAGUUUCAUAAAGCUGGCAUUUCUGCAGAUAUACAAUUUGAGACAAAGGAGACUUCUACUUCUGCAAGGUAUUGGCUCCUGUUUGAUCAGAAAAACAGUAAUCAGAUUGGUUUCCAAGUGAUGCUUGGGGAACCAGGCCUUAAGCAAAGCCACAAAACCUCCCCAACACCUACAGGAAGAUACCUGGGCUUUAGGCGGAGGCUGGGGCAGUUAAGGAAAAGGAAGCUUGGUUUCUGUCGGUACCUUUCAAGGCCAAGAGGGUAUGUGACAGUUUCCUCAGCAGAGGAAGAAAUACAAGAGAUGAAAGUUUCAGAAUCCACGAAAUUCAACAGGGUCUGCUUGACCUAUUCAAGUGAAGCUAAAGAGAGAUUUUAUGGUUUUGGGGAGCAAUUCUCACACAUGGAUUUCAAAGGCAAAAGGGUGCCUAUUUUUGUUCAGGAGCAAGGCAUAGGAAGAGGAGAUCAACCUAUAACUUUUGCAGCUAACUUGGUUAGCUACAGAGCUGGGGGUGAUUGGAGUACAACGUAUGCUCCUUCUCCAUUCUAUAUGACAUCAAAGAUGCGAUCUCUUUAUCUCGAAGGUUAUGAUUAUUCAGUAUUCGAUUUAACCAGAAAUGAUAGAGUUCAGAUUCAGAUACAUGGGACCUCAGUUCAAGGACGGAUAUUGCACGGGAAUUCACCUUCUGAGCUCGUUGAACAUUUUACAGAAACCAUUGGGAGGCCUCCCGUGCUUCCUGAGUGGAUAAUAUCUGGUGCUGUGGUUGGAAUGCAAGGUGGCACAGAAACCGUACGCGAUACUUGGGAUAAGCUAAGGACUUAUAAUGUUCCCGUUUCAGCAUUUUGGUUGCAGGAUUGGGUGGGCCAAAGGGAGACAUUGAUUGGAUCACAAUUGUGGUGGAAUUGGGAAGUGGAUACAAAAAGGUACUGCGGAUGGAAACAAUUAGUUCAAGAUCUAAAAGCUCAGCAUAUCAAAGUGAUGACAUACUGCAAUCCUUGUCUAGCUCCAACUCAUGAGAAGCCAAACAGAAGGAGAAACCUCUUUGAGGAGGCAAUAAAGUUAGACAUCUUAGUGAAAGACAAGCAUGGACAACCAUACAUGGUUCCUAAUACAGCUUUUGAUGUUGGAAUGAUGGAUUUGACACACCCAAAUACUGCUAGUUGGUUCAAACAGAUUUUACAAGAAAUGGUGGAUGAUGGAGUCAGAGGAUGGAUGGCUGAUUUUGGUGAAGGCCUGCCUGUGGAUGCCACUCUCUAUUCAGGUGAAGAUCCUAUAUCUGCACAUAAUAGAUACCCUGAACUAUGGGCCCAAAUAAACAGAGAGUUUGUGGAAGAAUGGAAAAGUAAAUGUGUGGGCAAGGGGAAAGAAGACCCAGAAGAAGCCUUAGUUUUCUUCAUGAGAGCUGGUUUCAGAAAUAGUCCCAAAUGGGGGAUGCUAUUUUGGGAAGGAGACCAAAUGGUAAGUUGGCAGGCUAAUGAUGGGAUAAAGAGUGCGGUCACUGGCCUCCUUAGCAGUGGACUUUCAGGGUAUGCUUUUAACCACAGUGAUAUUGGAGGCUACUGUGCAGUAAACUUACCUUUUAUAAACUAUACAAGAAGUGAAGAGUUGCUUUUGCGUUGGAUGGAGCUAAAUGCUUUCACCACUGUCUUCCGGACCCAUGAAGGGAACAAGCCAUCCAGCAAUAGCCAAUUCUACUCAAACCACCAAACUUUAUCACAAUUUGCUCGCCUUGCUAAAGUGUACAAAGCAUGGAAGUUUUACAGAAUUCAACUUGUAAAGGAAGCUGCUCAAAAAGGCCUCCCAGUUUGCCGCCACCUAUUUCUCCACUACCCAGAAGACGAACAUGUUCAUCACUUAACUUACCAACAGUUCUUGGUUGGCACUGAGAUCCUAGUGGUUCCUGUCCUAGACAAAGGAAAGAAGAAUGUUAAGGCCUAUUUUCCAGUGGGAGAAAGUUCCAAUUGGCAACAUAUCUGGACAGGGAAGCUAUUUACUGAACAAGGUUGUGAAGCUUGGGUAGAUGCUCCAAUUGGUUAUCCAGCUGUAUUUGUAAAGGCUGGUUCCAUUAUUGGAGAAACCUUUGUAAAAAACCUUAGAGAUUUAGAGAUUCUUUAAGAUAUCAGUCCUCAAAGAGGACAGUUUAAUGA